AUGCCUCCUAAGAAGAAAACAAAUGCCACAGGCGAGCAAACAAACGCUUCAACAUCUGAUGCCACGUUGCCUCCAUUGUCGGCGUUUGAAGACAUCGUAGAUAGCCGCUUUAAAGUACAAAUGAAGGAUCUAAACGAGGUAGUUCUGAAUAUAAUAAAUCAACGCAAGAUGAGCUUACAAAAAAGUCUGGACUUCCUAGGCAACAAAUUUGACGAAUUACUGAAGUCGUUUACUCUGCUGCAAGAGAAAAAUAAACAGCUUAAGUCCGAAAAUAUUCUACUUAAGAACGGAGAAAGGAAUUGA